AUGAGCAUCGCGGAAAGCAGGUUUGGCGACAAUGCCACUAUCCACCAAGGCAAUGUGUAUCACUAUUCUUCCGAUGGCGCAAGCGAUCGCUGCUUAGCCGAUUUGCGAUCUACAGACCCCCGCGACGACAAGAUUCGGAAUGAGCAAACAAAGGGUGGCCUCUUGAAAGAGUUGUACAAUUGGAUCCUCGAAAAUGACAAGUUCAAGUUGUGGAGCAAAUAUGAUAUCGCAGGCAAGGGCGUUUUCGAGGACGUGAAUGCUUGGACAGCACUAUCACAUAUGCUUCUCAAUGUUCUGCAGGAUACGGGCAUCGAUAACACGAUAUUAGUUAUCGAUGCAGGAGACGAAUGUGAGGCAGAUCAAGCAAAGCUCCUAGAUUUCAUUCUUCAGCACUCAUCACUACCUCGAGUUAAAUGGAUUAUUACCAGCCGUAAUGGGCCUAUUAUUAAGCAGAAACUAAGUACUUGCAGCUCACGGGCGCUACUCAGCCUAGAGCUGAAGGACAUUGAGGCCAAAAUAUCUGAUGCCGUUGAUACUUACAUUAAAUAUAGCGUUUCACGGCUGGACUUGGUGCGGGAUGACAAAGAACUCCAAGAUGACCUUGAGAAGGCAAUGCGGCAAAAAGUUAACGGAACAUUCUUAUGGGUCUCUCUUGUUAUGAAAGAACUUGAACAAGUAGAAAGCUGGGACGCUCUGCAUGUCGUCGAUGAAAUCCCAUCGGACUUGAAAGAAGUUUACGCCCGCAUAUUGGGACAAAUUCUGCAGCUGAAGAGAGGAAGCCACAUGUACUGCAUGCAAUUGCUUUCAACGGCGUCGCUCCAUGGCAUGUCUCAGAUCCUAAAGCGCGACUUGUGGGACUUGAAGGCCCCUGGAAUUCCCAUUGAUGAAAUUAUGACUCCAGAACCCGAUCCUUUGGCAACAACACGUUACUCUUGUGUCUACUGGGUCGACCACUUAUGUGAUGGAAUCUCAGAAACCUGGACUCAAAUCAACGACCUUGACGACGACAGAAUCAUAAAUCAGUUCUUAAAGAAUCGUUAUCUGUAUUGGAUAGAAGCUCUUAGUCUGCAGCGUAGUGUGUCUUACGGUGUAACAGCACUCAACAAACUCGAAGCAUUACUACAAAAGAUGGAAAAGAAGCAACUUAUGCAAUCAGCAGAUAUCAUAAGAGACGCCCGUCGAUUCAUCUUUACGCAUAAGAAAAUGAUUGAGAUUGCACCGCUACAGAUUUACGCAUCCGCACCCCUAUUUAGUCCUGCCGAGAGCCUAAUAAAGCGGCUAUUCAGUAAGGAAGAGCCGGCAUGGAUUGCAUCAAAACCAACCAUGGAUGCAAAAUGGGGCCCCUGCCUCCAAGUACUGGAAGGCGAUGAAAGUACGAGAUUAGGUAUUACCUGCUCAGCUGAUGGCCAGCGACUCGUAACAGCAUCUGUGGAUAAAUUGAUCAUAUUCUGGGAUUCUCCUAAGGGAGAAUGCCUCUUGACUCUAAGGGGCCACCGUGCAGAGGUUAGGUCGGCUGUCUAUUCGGCAGAUUGUCAAAAGCUCGUCUCGGCUUCAGACGACGGCACGAUCAAGAUGUGGGAUGCGAGGAAUGGCAAUUGCCUUCAGACAUUCGAAUUCAAGAACCAUAGUUACAGCUACAAAUGGGUUUCAGUUACGCUAUCAUCAAACGGCAAGCUAGCUUCUACACUCUCGAAGAAGAAUGACCUCAUCGUUUGGGAUUUAGCAGAUAUUCCCUCACAGAUUCUCAACAUGCCUGCUUCGGCCUAUUCAAAAGCUCCGUCUUCACCCUUUGUCGUCUUUUCAGCAGAUAACCCGCGAUUUGCCAUCCAUUGGUAUGGAGAGAUUGAUAUCUGGGAUAUAGCGACCAACUGUCCCUGGGGCCAGAAAGCUUUUUCAGACUCUACAAGGCAGCUGUAA